GCAGCAACAACAGCAACAAAAAGAAACAAUAAGUGAAAGAAGACUACAACAACAAAAAAUUGCAGAAAUCAAAUCGGCGCGCACAAAAGUAGGCAACAGUUUUUUGUUGCGCACCAUGGAAAUGGAUGUCAAUCGCCAGACACGCCACAAUGCCAACCUAAUGACCAUAUCCGCCCGUUGUUGUGCCAACAACAAUGCAACAACAGACACAACAUCAGCGACAACAGCAACAACCACCACAACAGACUCUGCAGCGAUAGCAGCAACAACAACAACAGCAAAUUCGCCUUCGGCAAGCGGCUGUUGUGGCAUCUUGAGUCGCCUGUUUUGCGUGAGUCGCCACAAGGCGACACAAUCGGUGGCAGUCACUGAAUGCAGCCAUAGCGAACCGCUAUUCAUGCAACGUAAAACACUAACGACAGAACCGGCAGCGCAGCGACGUCGACGCACGCCACAGGAAAUCUAUUUUGAGAGUCGCGGUAAAUCUUGCAAGAAGCUAUUGAAAUUCAAUGGUAAUUCCAAUAAGAUAUUGCUGUAUCCAGAGGAGGGCUGGGCGCGCACUGCCUCCUCCAGCUACUGGACCAUCACGCCCUGCUGGUGGCAGCCAAAUCGAUGUCGCAUUGUCGAAUGUGCUGGCACGCAACGGCUGGCGACCAAGGCCAGGAUGUUGCCCAUGGAGCAGCAGGGCUCGUUGCUGAUUGCCGGACACUUUCGCAGGCCGCCAUUAACAGCGACAGGCGGUGCAGCAACACCAGCAACAGCAACGCCCCAAGGAGUCCGAGGUGGAGAGACAUCAGGAGAUGGCUGUAGCAACAGAGCACAGUCAAAGUCAAAAUCACAGCUGGCUUACAAUGAUGAGUUCAAGCUGUAUCUGACAUCGAACAUCUCGAUGGAGGACUACAACAUGGGCUACUGCCUCACCGGAUUCGUUGAGCGUCGCUGCCAGCAGACAAACACCUUUCAAAUGACUCACUUUGCUGUCAUCAAGCGGCAAUGGCCGCCGCCGUCCAAUAUCAGCAACUCAUAG